UCACGUGGACCAGACCCAUGUCCUCUUGGCGAAGCGAGCUCGUAAAUAUCCACAGAGGAACGGAGACACCGGCCCCAGACUGGCCGGAAGAAAAGGAAAAAGGCACGGGACCAAGAAAUUCCUGGACCCCGGACAAAAGGAGAUUGCAUCCUUCGUAUCAGUGGAUAUUAUGUUGGAUAUACGGAGUGGUAUAGGAAUUCUGUGCUAAGUUUAUGUUUAG